CAACCCGAAUGUCACAAAUAAUGGGCCGAUCAAUUAUACACACUAUACUUCUUUUGACGCUACAAAAAUAAACCCUAGUUUUUCUUUGCUCUCACCCUUCAGAAGCAGCCGUUCCAAAUCCUCCAUCAACACUAAAAAAUGACUAAGAGGACCAAGAAGGCUGGAAUCGUUGGGAAGUAUGGUACCCGUUAUGGUGCCAGUCUGCGUAAGCAGAUUAAGAAAAUGGAGGUUAGUCAGCACAGCAAGUACUUCUGUGAGUUUUGUGGAAAGUAUGCAGUAAAGAGGAAAGCAGUGGGAAUUUGGGGUUGCAAAGAUUGCGGCAAGGUCAAAGCUGGUGGUGCUUACACAUUGAACACUGCGAGUGCUGUUACAGUUAGGAGUACAAUCCGAAGACUGAGGGAGCAGACUGAGAGUUAGAGCAAUUGUCCCCUUCUGGCGGUGCAGCUUAUGAUCCUACUUAUCUCGACAUGUUUUUCAAUUUUUGAGUAUUUUAUGUUGUGAGAUCAAGAUAUGUUCCUCAAUUUGAGUACUUUAUGUUCUGAACAUCUCAAUUAGACAUUAGUAUAAAACUGUGUUUUUCAGACAAUUAUUUACUGAUGCAUUUUGUUGCCAUUACUUCUUUAUGCUUA